GUCGGAGCCGGGCAUCAAUUCAUCGAAAGUUGAGCUUUUUAUCGACAUUUAGUGUUUUUUGGAGUGUUGGGUGAUUUAUCUACAGUGUGCGGGGAUGGCGGGAGAAAUGUCUAUGAUUGGUUCAGUGAUCCUGGCCUUGUUCCUGGCGGGUUAUCUGGGCCAGCAGUUCUUACCCCCCCCCAAACCCAAAGUGAUCGGCCUGGACCUGGGCACCACUUUCUGCUCGGUGGGUGUCUUCCUCCCGGGCAGCGGAGAAGUGGAGGUGAUAGCAGAUGAUGAGGGGAGGAAGAGCAUCCCCAGCACCGUCUCCUUCACGACCACUGCGGUGCUGGCCGGACAUGAAGCCGUGGAGCUGGCCGACACCAACCCCCAAAACACCAUCUACGAUGCCAAGAGGUUCAUCGGGAAGAUAUUUGAGCCGGAGGUCCUGGAGCAGGAGAGCGCCCGGUACCAGUUCAAGGUGAUGAACAACAAUGGAAGUGCAGAGUUCGUGAUCUCCACCAACCGGACCUUCACGGUGAGCCCAGAGUUCAUCGGCUCCAGGCUGCUGCUGAAGAUGAAGAAGAUGGCCGAGCAACAGCUGGGCGUGCCCAUCCAGAAAGCCGUCAUCUCGGUGCCCGCAGAGUUUGACGAGAGACAAAGGAACUACACAGUCAGAGCUGCCAACCUCGCUGGCUUGGAGAUCCUGCGAGUGAUCAACGAGCCCACGGCUGCAGCCAUGGCUUACGGCCUUCACAAGGUGGAUGUGUUCAACGUGCUGGUGGUGGAUCUCGGAGGAGGAACCCUGGACGUGUCUCUGCUCAACAAACAGGGAGGCAUGUUCCUCACCAGAGCCAUGGCAGGAAACAACAAGCUAGGAGGUCAGGACUUCAGCCAGAGGAUGCUCCAGUACACCACAGAGCGAGUCCAGCAGGAGUUUGGCGUCCCCGUCACUCUCAAAGAAGACAUCCACCGCCUCCGCCAGGUUGUGGAGGAAGCCAAGCUCAAUCUCACCCUCCAACCCAGUGCCUCCAUCAGGGUGCACCUGCACCUCCACACCCACGAUAGCUCCGAGUCACCUGAGGGCUCCGCUCUAGCACCAGUUCUCUUCCAGACUGUGAUCACUCGGGAGCUCUUCGAGGAGCUCAACGAAGACCUGUUCCAGAAGAUACUGGCUCCCGUCGAGACUGUGUUAGCCGAAGGCCACUUGAAGAAAGAGGAGGUGGAUGAGAUUGUGCUGGUCGGAGGGUCCACCAGGAUACCCCGCAUCAGGAGGCUGAUCAGCGAGUAUUUUGGGAAGGAGCCGAACACAUCAGUGGACCCUGACCUGGCGGUGGUUACAGGCGUGGCCAUCCAGGCUGGCAUCAUGGGCGGCUCCUGGCCAUUACAAGUCAGCGCUAUAGAAAUCCCCAACAGACACUUACGGAAGACGAACUUCAGCUAAUCUCAAGUUUAUUUAUUGAGAUCAACAGGAUGUUACAGAGACUCACCACUGAUUUCUAACUGUUUCAUGCUUCUCUAAUGUGCAUCAUGUAUCUGCUGAGAUGAGAAAAAGUACGUGACAAAAGACAAUGUCACCACCACCGCACAGUCAUCUGCAUGAACAAGACCUUUAAGUUUUUCCACUGUCAAAACUUUGAAGUCUUAUCAUAUUUUUCAUUGUUAGUAAAAGACGGUGGUAACAAAAAUCCUCCCACAUAUUUAAACUUAGAGAUAAAAUCUUCAGAGGUGAACAGUCCUGUUUCCAUUCUUAAAGUGACAGCUGCUUUUGUUGCGCUCGAACCUUCAGGAGAUAUAGCAGAGUGAAAUCAUGAUGAAAUGUGAAUGAGACUCGUCAUAGAUAAUGAAAUCCUUCAGUGAUGUUGAAUUCAGGGAACAGCCGCUCUUUAUGAGGACUUAAAGUCUAGCCAGUACAUCUUCAGCUAUUUAUUUAUUUAUUCCCGUUACCUGUGUGUGUGUGUGUGUGUGUGUGUGUGUGUGUGUGUGUGUGUGUGUUUGUGUGUGUGUGUGUUUGUGUGUGUGUUUGUGUGUGUGUUUGUGUGUGUGUUUGUGUGUGUGUGUGUGUGUGUUUGUGUGUUGUGUGUGUGUGUGUGUGUGUGUGUGUGUGUGUGUGUGUGUGUGUGUGUGUGUGUGUGUGUGUGUGUGUGUGUGUGUGUGUGUGUGUGUGUGUGUGUGUGUGUGUGUGUGUGUGUGUGUGUGUGUGUUGCAGGCCUUUAAUUUAUUGUACAUCUUUCCAUCAAAGGUUAACACACAUUGUGCUUGUGCCUUUUCAGAAAGCUGCUAUAUUGUUGAAAUUGAAGCAUAGAGGUGAACUGCUGCAAGACUGAGACCUUAAUCCAGGUCCAUGUGACUGAGGUGACUUUAUGUCCACUAGAGGUCACUUGAGACCUAAGUGUCAAUAUACGCAGUUAAUUUAAAACACAUGCAUUGCAAUAUAGACUUCUCGCCUCAUAAAUGAUAUUCUGAUGAGGAGCAGAACAGAUGAAGGUGCGUGUUGGUGAAAGCCUUAAUGUUCAGUACUGUAACAGUACUGUAACUCUUUAAUCAUUUAGCAUUAUCCCUCCAUUAGACUGAAUCCAGAUUAUUUGCCUCAGACAGAGAAGAGGGAGGUGCGCUCAGUGUUACACUUUGUGGACUUCCACUUGUUGGCCAACUACACAUUUUUGUGCAAUAAUGUAUUCAUGUGUCAUUUUAAUGGCAAAUGACUCACUCGCUUCAAAUAUUUGUGCAGCAUAUCAAAGGUUAAUGUAAAAGCAAGUGUGCUUAUGCUGCUGGAGGUGGAGAGGGUCGACUCUGGACGACUCACAGAAGGACCAAAGCGAUGCUUCCAGGUGCCUUUGUGUAUUUGAUAUUAAGAAAUGUGUUACUGUCACAUUCAGGAUGGUCUAUGGACCGGAUGUACAGUUUACUUUGUGGCUGACAGACUUGUUCACUUACUCAUGUGUUGGUGGAAGAAUUCUGGUCAUAGUACAUCAAGUAUAGAAGUUCAUUUCCAUUUCUAUUCCAAAAAAUCUCUUUCAUUAGAGAACUCAGAUGUGUGUAUAUGUCUGAAAGUAUCUAUUUUCAACCAAGAACUCAAAGUAUCUACAUUCCAUUAAAAGUGUCACUUGUUGUUUUUGCCAAACAUGAUAGAUGAGUAGAUGUACUACUUCUUUCAAAUGACGUAUUUCUCAUGUUGGAACUGAGAUCCUCAUGUAAUUGAGCAUUCAGCUAAGCUGAAGCUAAUUUGUUUGCCUUUCAUACUGUACAAAUCAGUCUCUGUGGAAAUGGGGAGAAAAAAAAACACCCCAUGUGACUAGAAUCUAUUUUUGUAUCGCAAGUUUUACUCAUUGUCGGAGUCUAGCCACCGUAAAAAAAAAAAAACUAUGAGGAAGUUUAACUCUUCAGACCUGCUUUUCAGCCUAUUAAAAUUCUGCUUCCCAACUUC